CCUCCCUCCCAUCCAUCCACCUCUCCAUCCUCCCAUUCAUUCCCAAGGGCGUCACGCGGGGUGACAAGACCCGGACCGACAAAAAAAAAGAAGAAGAAGGGAAAAAAAGGCGCAUACAUGUAUGUAUGCGUGCGUCUGCGCGAGUCCUCCUCCGUGUGUGUGCGUCUGUGUGCUCUGGCCGUGGAUUCCGCUGCUUGACAUGAGGAGCUGAAACUGAACCGAACAGGAGGAUGAAAAUGCUCCGGUUUCGCAGCCCCAGCAUCCGCUCCUUGGACCAGGAGGUCCUCUGCACGAUCCGGUUACUGGACGACUCCGAGAUCUCCUGCAGCAUCCAGAGAGACACCAAAGGCCAGUUCCUGUUGGACCAUGUGUGUAACCACUACAACCUACUCGAGAAAGACUACUUUGGGAUUCGAUAUGUGGACCCUGAGAAACAGAGGCACUGGCUGGAGCCCAAUAAGGCCGUGGUGAGGCAGAUGAAGUCAGCUCAGCAGCCGUACACGAUGUGCUUCCGGGUCAAAUUUUAUCCCAGCGAGCCGAUGAAGAUAAAGGAGGAGCUCACCAGGUAUCUGCUGUACCUGCAGCUGAAGAGAGAUAUCUACCACGGUCGACUCCUCUGCCCUUUUGCUGAAGCUGCAUAUCUGGGAGCCUGCAUCGUACAGGCCGAGCUCGGGGACUACGACCCAGAGGAGCACCCGUCAGACUACAUCAGAGACUUCAAGCUGUUCCCUAAACAAUCCCUCAAACUGGAGAGGAAGAUUAUAGAAAUACACAAGAACGAGCUCAGGGGGCAGUGUGCUGCGUUUGCAGAGUUGAACAUGCUCCAAAGGGCCCACAGCCUUGAAACAUAUGGAGUUGACCCUCACCCGUGCAAGGAUUUCACCGGCUCAACGGCCUUUCUCGGGUUCACUGCCACGGGGUUUGUGGUUUUCCAGGGAAACAAGAGGAUCCACCUCCUCAAAUGGAACGACGUUAGCAAGCUGAAGUUUGAAGGAAAAACGUUUUACGUCAUCGGGAUCCAGAAAGAGAUCUCCUUAACAGGCAGGAUGCACUGUAACAGGAUGAAGAAACUGGUGUUGACAUUUCACACCUCGACCCCUGCUGCGUGUAAGCACUUAUGGAAGUGCGGGGUGGAGAACCAGGCCUUUUACAAGUGUGCAAAGUCAAGUCAGAUAAAGACAGUUUGUAGCAGUAACAUCUUCUUCAAAGGCAGCAGGUUCAGAUACAGUGGAAAAGUAGCCAAGGAGGUGAUCGAAGCCAGUUCUAAGAUUCAGAGAGAGCCGCCAGAGGUGUGCAGAGCCCAGUUCGGUCAGAGUCGAAGUUAUAACUCUCUGAGCCAUAAAAACCUCAUCAUGAACAUGGAGCCGCUGGUACCUGCGCUGCCCUCCCCCAAUGAGUACGAAGAGACGGCCACAGAGAACGGUGUUGCUGCUGUGAAGGACUCUGUCCCCAUGUCUCCUCUCAAACCUCCAGCUGUACCUGCAGACACAGACCAACAAGGUACCGACGGGGGAAACUCUGCUUUAGGCAGCGACCUGCAGCCUCCCCGUGUUUCCAUGGAAACCUCAAAUCUCCGACCUCAGACGGCAAAGACUGAAGAUGAAGUGGAGGAAGCCGAUGAGGCCAGCGGCCCACUCACAAUUUCUGAGCUUGUCUACAGCCCAUGUGCCAGCAUGCUGCCCACCCCAGUGGAAGACAGUCAAGGAGGUGUCGACUUGCUCUUCUCCUCUCCAGUCCAGAGUCCUGCAAGGCUGCUGAGGGAGCUCCAUGCCGACCCCGACAUCCAGGCCCAGCUCGAGGCGGAGAGGGAGAGAGACCGGGCCUACGAACGCACCCGACUGGCUGCCAGAAGUCGAAUGGGUGGAGUUCUGGGCAGCAGCCUGCGCCUGCUGUCGUCCAAUGAGAGAGUGAACGCAUGCGUGCUGAGCGUGGCCCGCUUUGUCGCCGUGGUAAUGGGCGUCCUGCUCGUCACUGUGCCCACCCUGCUGCUACUGCUGGAGUCAGACAUCGACGUGUCGUUCCUCCACGAGAUCCGCCAGACGCCGGAGUUUGAGCAGUUUCACUAUGAGUAUUACUGCCCGCUCCGGCGCUGGAUCCUGUGUAGGAUCAGCAUGGCCAUGGAGAACCUCUGGUCAGACUAA